AUGACCGUCCACAUAUCAUGCACCUAUGAUGGACGCGGUUUUCCUUCUGGACUUCAUGAUGAAAGUACCUGUCGUUCCGGGGAGGUUUCGGCAAAACGGUGGUUCUUCGGAGAAGAAGCGCCAUUUCAUUCGAAAGGAGGAGGACCAUUGAACAUGAUUAGUGAUUUCUUGGUGCAACACCCGUCUGGGCCGUUCUUCAACCUCUCUGACAGUGAAUACGAUCAAUGUAUUGAUUACGUCGAGAGAGGUGCUACAGCUUCAAUCAAUGUUGGUCAACAUAGCUAUUUCGACAAUUUCACAAUACUCGAGCACUUCGAAAGGUUGUUUCAGUUACUGGAAUUUAAAGAACAAUAUAAAGAUCAUACGAUUGUAUGUGUUCUCGCCAAUGCACGGACACACACGGCAAAAUCACACAGUUUACUGGAUUUCGGUAAAUCAUGUGGCACUCGAUGUCCGUUGGAUAAAAUAGAAUAUACAGAUACACAAGGAAAAGGACAUAUUUUGCAUUGUUAUUUUGAAAGUGAACCAAAUAAGAGUCUGAGUAAAGGUCUCGUCGAAAUUGCUAAAGAGCUGAAAGUCAAACUUCCAUCGAACAUUAAACUGGAUGAUUUACGUGCACUGUUGUCUGAUCAUCCGGCGUUUAAAAAUCAAGGCAUAUAUAUUCUGAAUCGCCUUGAAGUCCUCUAUCCAACGGUAAGUUUUGGUGCUGUUUUUGAAAUUGAUUCAGUUGAAUUUGAUAGAGAUUUAAAUGUGUGGAAAAUCAGUAUGAAAACAAAAGAUGACAGUUCAAAUGAUAUAAAACAAUAUAUAAAGAGCAUAAAACAAGAAUUAGGUCAGUUUACACCAGCGAUCUUGUUUGGUCGCCUUCUUUUUAUUCAACUGGGACAAUUAGAAAAAGCUGAACAGUAUUUUCGAAUGUUAUUAAAAACUGUACCAGAAAGUGAUGAAGAUUAUGCAAGUGCAAUUAAUAAUUUGGGUCAUAUAUAUCGUGAACGAAAUCAGUUUAAUUUAGCUUUGGAAAUGUAUACAUAUGCCUAUGAAUUACGUCAGAGACAACUGCCAGAGGAUCAUCAUUAUAUUGGUGCGUGUUUAAAUAAUAUUGGCGCGAUUUUCAAAGAUAAACGUGAAUAUGCUAAAGCAUUAGAUUGUUCACAUACAGCUCUUAAAAUCUAUGAUAAA